UUUAAACUCAAGGCCUCUGCUAGAUUCUACAAGUUCACACAGCAAAUUCAAAAUAUUAAACCUCAAUACAAAAGAAAUGGUUACCAAAAGUCAGUGUCAGUGCAUAUGUUUGGCUACAAUCUUCGUCAUUGGGACGUUGGCUUCACUAGCUGAAUCCCGAUCCCUCAAUGCAGCACCUGUGCUUGAGAAUCACAAAUGGUGGAUGGCUCAUUAUGGUCGUGUGUAUGUAGAUGAUGACGAGAGGAGCAUGCGUUCUAAGUUGUAUGAGGAGAAUGUAAGAUAUAUUGAGUCGGUCAACAAAGCCAAUAACAGACCUUACAAGUUAGGCAUCAAUGAAUUUGCAGACCUUACUAAUGAGGAGUUCAAGACCGCGAGGAACAGAUUUAAGAGCCAUGUGUCUGCACAAUCAACAGCUUUGUUCAGAUACCAGAAUGUCACUGCUGUGCCAUCAGCCAUGGACUGGAGAAAGAAUGGCGCUGUAACACCUGUCAAAGACCAAGGCCAAUGUGGAUGUUGCUGGGCCUUUUCAGCUGUGGCGGCUAUGGAAGGACUUACGCAACUAAAAACAGGAGCACUGAUAUCUUUAUCAGAACAGGAACUGUUGGAUUGUGACACCAGCGGUGUGAAUCAAGGUUGUGAAGGUGGUCUAAUGGACAGUGCUUUUGAGUUCAUUCAACAAAAUCACGGCCUGUCCACUGAGGCAAGCUACCCCUACAGAGAAACUGAUGGUGCUUGCAAUGCCAACAACGAAGCCAAUCAUGCAGCCAAGAUAACGGGACACGAAGAUGUGCCUGCCAAUAGCGAGACUGCAUUGCUAAAGGCUGUUGCUAAUCAGCCAAUUUCUGUGGCCCUUGAUGCAGGGGGUUCAGACUUUCAGUUCUACUCAAGCGGUGUCUUUACUGGAGAGUGUGGUACAGAACUGGAUCACGCGGCAACUGCUGUCGGCUAUGGCACUGACACUGAUGGAACUAAGUAUUGGUUGGUGAAGAACUCAUGGGGCACAACCUGGGGGGAGGAAGGGUACAUGAGGAUUCAAAGAGGUGUCGCGGCAAAGGAAGGCUUAUGUGGCAUAGCUAUGCGAGCAUCCUACCCUAUUUCAAGUAUGAAACUACAUUAAAACUAUCGGACAUCUUUAUGUGGUGCAAUAUAUUAGUAUCUGUAGAACUUGUGAGUUUACAGUUUUUUAUGUGAAUUGUGUACUACUUAGAGCCAUGUAUCAGCUUCUGUAGAAGUUGCUAGCACCUGCAGCAAACAAAGCUUGUAUUUGUAUGUAGGAUCUAUGUUAUGAGAUACUGUAC